UUGAUACUCAAUCUGUCGCUGCUGGACCAGCGAUUCAUCUUCCGUUCCCGAGCCAGCCGCAUCGCCAUUCAACACAACCCCCCGUGCCAGCGAGUCCAUCUUCAGCCCGUCUCGGCUCCGUCCGACUGCAUCUGCGUCGUUUCUGAUCCCAGAUCGAAUAUCGCUCAAGCCUGUUGAGCCCUGGCACGCCCUCCAUGUCCAUUCGAGUCGACACCGAUGCCGCCAACAAGUUCUCGUUCCGCAAGCGUCGCGAGCGGCUCGACUGGAGGACCCUGGGCAGCAUCCAAGUCGAGGCCGUCAUCAACAACGCCGACGUGUCGCUGCUCCAGGAGAUCCUCGACAACGUCGCCUUUUGCGACCUCGAGUACGAAGAUCUCCGCUCUGUCGAUCGCAGCUUUGUCAAGCUCUUUCGCCUCGCGCAGCUCAUCAUCGAGUAUCUGCUGUUCUGCCAGUCGACCCUCGUUGGCGUCAACAAAAACCUCGAAAGCGAAAAGACCAACCUCCAGCAAGCCUUGGCCGACGCUCAGAGCGGGCUAAAGAGCAAGGACUCUGAGGUCCUGGCCCUCAAGAAGCAGUUGCGCUCUCUCCAAAAGGUCAACCAGACCUACCAACUGAUGGCCAAGGCCUCCCCAGGCAGUGAUCAGAGGCCUGCAAUCUCUGUCCAGAAACCCACAAACUCUUCGCAAUACGAGCGCUGCCCAUACUGUCGCAAGGUGUUUUGCACAUUCGGGUACCUGGAGUCGCAUAUUCGACGCCGACACCCUGCCGAGCACGUCCCCUAUCCCUGCAAUCCCAGGCGCGAGGAAGGCGAACUGCCGGGAUCGUUCUUCCGGAUCCUCGAGGUCCUCGGCGAGCGACUUGUUGACAAGCUGACGGCCAACUCCACCGACACCACCAAGAAGGAUCUCGAGCUCAUUCGAUCCACCAUCGAGCAGACGAUCGUGAACCAGCAGAGCGUGCAAAAGGACAAGCUGAAUCUUGAUCGCCAGAUACAAGAGCUCAAGGUAUAGCCCAGUAUCCGCACAGAUCCGAGAGUCUGUCCC